AUGGCAGCUUCUCUGGCUGAGGAGGGCUCACAUGAUGGCCGUGCCGCGGCAGAGGAGAUGGCCAAAGCCGAUCCGGAUCUCGACCCAGUGUGGGGUCUGCUAAUCAGCUCUGUGCCGGCGAAGGAUUCUGUGUCGGCUUGCGAGGCUGAAGCGAAGCCAAUCUCCAACGUCGUUGACAAGGAGGAAGAGCUUCCGGCAGAGCUUGACCUCGGUUUUGUGGGCCCGGUGGUGCGGUGGAACGUCCCGGGCUGUGAUGCCUUUGUCCUGGACAAUGUCCUCAGCGCCGCCGAAUGCGCUGCUCUGGUGAGCCGGGCUGAGGGCCUCUGGACCUUCUGGGAGGAGGACCCAGCGCGGCCGCGCAUCGCCUUCCGCAACGCGCACACAGUGGAGGUCUCCCAGGAGGCCCUGGCAGAUCGAAUCUGGCGGCGGGUGGGUUCGCACGUUCAGCCCACGGUGGAGCUUGGCCCAGAAGAUCCGCGCUUUGAAGUCGACAUCGAGGGCACAUGGUAUCCGUAUGCAAUGAACCCGAAGCUGCUGCUGUCGCGGUACCUGGAUGGUGGCCACUUCAGCCCCCACACGGACGGGACCACCGUGGUGGACUUCAACCGACGUACCUUUUACAGCUGCGUGCUCUUCCUCAAUGCUUCCCCAUGGGGCGGGCACACGCGCCUCUACGCGGACGAGCAGAUGAAGCGCGAGCUUCGCAAGGACGAUGCCGGUCGGCUCACCGGUGAGACAGAUCUCAUCCUGGCAGAGGUGGCUCCCAAACCGGGGAGGAUGCUGGUGUUCUACCAUCGCCUGAUGCAUGAGGGUGUCCCAGCGGCAGAGAAGUACAUCAUCCGCACGGAUGUCCUCUAUCGCCGCGACCCAGAGAUCUGCACGGCGCCGGAGGACAAGGAGGCCUUCCAGAUGUACCAGGAGGCGCAGCUCCUCGCCGAGAGAGGCGACUGUGCCGCUGCAGCAGGCCUUUUCCGAGGCGCCUUUCGCCGAAGCGAGGCCCUGAAGGCUGUCUACCGCAUGUGA